AUGGCCACUGAAAUCAAACACAGCGUAGCUUCGCCAGCUUCAACGCCAGAAUCCGAGGAUGUGCGUUCAACCUCGAGUACCCGAAACUACAGCUGGUUCCGUGGAGUCUUCUUCAACGCAACUAUCGUUGGCGUGGCGGCUUUCACGGCACCAGGACUAUGGAAUGCUAUGCAGGCAGUUGGUGCUGGAGGACAACAAACUCCGUAUCUUGUCAUGGCUGGUAACGCGAUUCUGUUCGCGCUGAUGACAUUUACGUGUCUAGCUGGCAGCGUCCUUGCGAACCGAUUCGGACUGAAAGCGGCCUUCAUCUUUGGAACAUCUGGUUACGUGCUCUACUCAGCUGCCCUGUACUGCAACAACCGCUACAGAACGAAGUGGUUCAUCUAUCUCGGCUCGGCCGCCUGCGGUAUUACAGCUGGAGUCUUCUGGGCCGCAGAGGGUGCCAUAAUGCUGAGUUAUCCCGAACCAAAGAACAGGGGUAAGUACCUCGCGUACUGGCUUGCGUAUCGAAAUGGUGGAUCGAUCAUAGGUGGUGUAAUCAACCUGGCCUUCAACUAUGCUGGAAAGAAGACGGGAAAACUGAAUUGGCGAACUUACAUUGUCUUUGUCGUGCUUCAAUGCUUCGGACCCGCAGUAGGAUGCCUACUAUCACCACCAGAAAAGGUUCAACGGCGAAACGGCACAAAAGUUCAAAUCUCGGAACGGAUUCAUACCAAAGAUGAGAUCAAAGCAAUCUUGAAGCUGCUGACGCGGAAAGACUUCCUCCUAGUCGUCCCCUUCUUCAUCUACGUAACCUGGAACCAGCCCUACAUCUCCGCCUACGUCUCCCUCUACUUCAGCGUACGCGCCCGAGCCCUCGCUUCCCUCGUCGGUGCCGUCUCCCAAAUCUGUGCCACUCUCAUCAUGGGCUCUUUCCUGGACUGGCAACGCCUCUCCCUCAACACCCGCGCCAAGGUCUCCUACAUUGCCAUGAUGUCGCUCAUCGGCGGAUGCUGGGUCUGGGGAAUCGUCGUCCAGCGCGGCUACUCCCAUCACAAGCCCGCACUCGACUGGAACGAUGCAAGCUUCGGCCGCGGGUGGGCGCUUUAUGUGUUCUGGCAGGUGAACUUCGCGCUGACUUACAACUACGGGUAUUGGUUGGUAGGAUACAUGGCGAAAGAGAAUCGGGAGAUAGUGCGGUAUACAUCGGUGGUGCGGGCCGUGGAGGCGGCUGGGCAGUGUGUAGCGUCUGGGAUCAGUUCGACGAAGACGCCGUUAAUUCGAGAGACGGGGGUGAACUUUGCGCUUUGGGGGCUGGCGGUCAUACCGACGUAUCUUGUUGUGAGGAAUAUCGGGGUAACGCUUUAUGGUGCGGAUGGGGAGAAGGGCGAGGAUGAGACUCCUAAGCUUGCGGAAGGGGGUGUGAAAGAAAUUCAGGUUAAGCAUUGAAUGCUUUGGUAGACAUUAAAAGCUUGAGUACAAAGAUACUAUAGAAGUGUCGGUAGUUAUGGUCAAUAAUCAUAC